AUGGUUGAAAGUUCAUGGCGACAUAUUCUUACUAUCGCACAGAAUCACAUCCAUGAAUACCAUCACCAAGGCGAAAGCAACACCGGCACUACCGUUACUGACAGCAGCGACUAUAACAACAACAACAACAAUGCUGCACCAAAUGACGAUGAGCAACGCGCAUCCCAAGAAUUCUACGACCGGGAACGACGCAUGGUUCAUGCACUUGACACGCUGUUUCAAUUGGCAUACGAAGGCUCUGGAUACCUUGCAUUCAUAGCAACCAUCACAUCGGCACUUGAGCCGGAAAGCCCAGUGGCCAUGGCAUUCCUCAGCCACAUUGUGGACCGCGCGGCACUUCCAUCACGCGAAACCAUGGCUGCUGUAUCACCUGUCAUCCUGUCGCGGCUCAACAAACCCACGCAUCAUCUGUACAGUGUGUUGACUUCUUUGGUGACACCAUUCGCAUUAGCACCAUCCUCUUUCACUACGGCUGCUCCGUCAACAACAACAUCCAAAUUACGCCGCUAUCGUCGUCAACCCGUGACCAUCCAGCAAUGGAAACGGCCGUGUCCACAAUGCCGUGAUCCAGCCACAGAACACCACCAACAGCAACAAAAGAAAAAGCCCAAGAAAAAGAAACGCUAUGCUGGUCCCAGUACACUCCUCAAGCUCAAUUCAGCUGCACUGUGGUCGCUUUUGGCAGAAAAGUUUGCAGGUGACUUGUGCCAGGAAUUGUGGACGGAUCAAGUCGGCGAUCUGUUGUUGCAUUUUCUUGCUGAUCCAGAAGAGGAUUUGCGCGUUCGUAUCUUCGCAUUGAAUGCUUUGGAAAAAUUUGCAUUGACAGGCAUCGUCAAGGAAGCCAUCAUAGCACAUCCAUGCAAUAUCCGUGCGAUUCUACUUGCAGUGAUCCACGAAUGCGAAGAAGCCAACCAUCAUAUAUUUCUCAUGUCGCCCUGCUCGCCCGUCUCAUCACUAUCUCACAAUAGCUCCAACAAUGAUCCAGCAGAACUCGACAUGACGAGCAACAAGGCCCCUGCAGCAUUACAUCCCCAAGCAUUGUUCAAAGCAGGCAGAGUCAAGUAUUGCUUAGAGACCAUGUGGCGCGACACCAAGAUGCAUUUGGUGCGUCUGUUUCACCGAAAGCACAAAGGAAAAUGUAACGAGGACGUCGACGUUGAUGGUUUUGACGACGGCUGGUCACUCGAUGGACAUCUUGACAAAUCAUCAGAAGCAGAUAGCAAUCAUGUGGGUACCAACAACAGCGUGCAUUCUUUCACCGGAACAAGCGCGUCGUCCAUGCUGUCAGAUCAUAUCAAGCAACGCGCUUCGCCUCCAAGUCGGCCCGAGUUCAUGUCACAUCUCAACAGCUUUGAUACAGGAUUUAUACCACCUGAAGGAAAGUUGCGUGAUGAUUGGACCCGCUACGUACAGCUCGCCCAUUGUUCACGAUGGGCACUGGACAAUGUCUUUGGCGACGAUGAACAACAGCUCGCUUGCUCAUGGGAUCUUUCCCACUUGAAAGCCAUCAUGAACCUGUUUGACGCCACUGCCCAUUGGAAACUAGGCGGUAAUGGUCUGGAACUGCGCAAUGACAGACCCCAUUUCGAAUCCAUACGUGCAACAGCGUGUGUGAAAAAGGGAAAAUGGUAUUAUGAGACAUUACUAUUGACAAACGGCAUUAUGCAGCUUGGUUGGGCCACGAGUCGUUGUCGGUUUACACCAGAAGAAGGAUAUGGCGUUGGUGAUGACUGCAACGGCUUUGCCUUUGAUACGUAUCGCACUGCUGUAUGGGCGGAUGGAUCUGCAGUGUACCCCCAGUCGCAUAGCAACGUCCAUUGUCGCGCAGGCGACGUGCUUGGCAGCUUCUUGGAUCUAGACAAUGGUCUCUGCACCUUCUUCAUCAACGGAUGUGACCUGGGUCUUACUGUUGAGUUCGAGCACCCUGCGCGUCAGCAUUGCGUUUCUGAAGACGAUGACGUUGAGGGCAUAUCUGCAUCACCCAUGCUUCCACCCCCACCAUUCAACAGCAGUGAUAACAACAACAACAACAACAACAACAGUGGGAACAGCAACUUUCAAAAUGAAGCAGCGAGAGCGAGUACGAGUAGCAGCAGCAGAAAGAGCAAGAGUCGCAGCAGUAACAGCAAUGACAACAAAUCAGUAAGUCUGGGGCUGUACCCCGCCGUCAGUCUUACGACGCACCAGCACGUCUUGCUCAACUUUGGCGAUCGACCAUGGAUGUAUCCACCCCCUGUCUCGGUCAAGUACAAGGGAAUCAGUGAGGCCGGAAAGCUCGAUGAACAUUUUAAAAACCGAGUGCUACACUAUGUGCAGAAACGCAGUAAGCCACGAUGCAAAUCUCAGGCCACUUCAAUCACCACCACAACGACGACGACCACUACAUCUGCAUCUGUCUCUCAUCGGCAGCAGCAGCAACAACAACAGCAACCUCAUACAUUACAGCAGCAGAAACACCAACACCAAGAAGGAGUAGGAGGAGGAAAAAGAGCGACAGCAGGAGUGGUCGUGGAUGUUGAUGCAGUCAGUAACAGUAGCAGCAGCAGCUAUGAAUGGGACGGGCCACUUUGCACGAUCUGUUUCUCGGAACCUAAAAAUGUCAUGCUGCUGCCCUGUCGGCAUACCGGCUGGGGUGGACGCUGUGCGGAUGCACUUGACAUGUGCCCACUAUGUCGAGCCGAUAUUGAAGACCGGAUCAGCGUAGCAUCCUCCUCGCCCUCACUCUCCAACAGUAUCAAAUCACCCUGA